AUGGGCAACCGCAAGAAGCUCAUGCACUUCCUCCGCGUCGACCCAGCGGCGGCGGUCUCCGCUCUCUCCUCCCCUCGGUCCUUCUUCUCCUCCAACUCCAACUCCUCCUUCUCCGACGACGACGGCUACAGCUCCUCCUCCUUCCAAGGCUCCGCGUCGUCCUCGCCGUCGCGGUCGUACAGCCCGCCCAAGUCGCCGUGGGCGCGCCUCCCGGGCCUCGGCGCCGACGACGCUAGCUCCGACGACGCGACGGCGACCGGGCUCAUCGCGUCGCUCGUCAAGGAGGACGGCAAGGUGUACUCGCUGGCGGCAACCGGGGACGUGCUGUACACCGGCACGGACUCGGAGACCGUGCGGAUGUGGCGGGACCGGCGCGAUCUCGCGGGGUUCCGGACCGGCAGCGGGCUCGUCAAGACCAUCGUCGUCGCCGCCGACGGCCGCAUCUUCACGGGCCACCAGGACGGCAAGGUCCGGGUGUGGCGCGCCGACGGCGACGCCGGUGGCGACCCCGCCGUCGUGCACCGCCGCGUGGGCUCGCUCCCGCCGCUCGGCGACCUCCUGAUCAGCUCCGUCAACCCGUCCAGCUACGUCCGCUCGCCUCGCGGCGCGGAGGGGGGCGGGCGGCGCCGCGCGGCGGUGUGGCUCCGCCACUCGGACGCCGUGUCGUCCCUCAGCCUCGACGAGGGCGCCGGCCUGCUCUACUCGGCGUCCUGGGACCGCACCUUCAAGGCGUGGCGCGUCUCCGACUACCGCUGCCUCGAGUCCGUGCCCGCGCACGACGACGCCGUCAACACGGUCGCCGCGGCCGGGUUCGGCGGCCUCGUGCUCACCGGCUCCGCCGAUGGGACCGUCAAGGUGUGGAGGCGGGAGGUGGCGGCGGCGAGCGACCGGACGAAGCACGUCCUGGAGAGGGUGCUCCGGGAGGGCGGCGACGGCGCGGUGACCGCGAUCGCGGCGUGCCCCGAGGCCCGCGCCGUGUACGUGGGCUCCUCCGACGGGCUGGUCACGUGCUGGCGGUGGGGGCUGGACGACGUGGACGGCAGCGAGCCGCCGAGGCUCGCGGGAGUGCUGGCGGGCCACGGGACGGGCGUGUUGUGCCUCGCCGUGUCCAGGCGCGUCGUCGUGAGCGGCUCCGCCGACGGGACGCUCUGCGUGUGGCGGCGCGACGACGACGACGAGCACCCGGGCCGCCACGCCCGCCUCGCCGUGCUCGCGGGGCACACGGGGCCCGUCAAGUGCGUCGCGGUGGCGGCGGACGACGACGACUGCUACGACGCGGACGGCGAGCGCCGGUUCGUGGUGUACAGCGGCAGCCUGGACGGAUCGGUCAAGGUGUGGCGCCUGUCGGAGGAGCGCGCGCUGGAGCCGCCGGCGGUGGAGGCAACAACGGCUCCAUUUAUGGCGGCACUGCGGGAGUCGGAAGCAUGGAUGCCCCGGCCCCGCACAGCACAGCUGCCGUCGCCGGUGCAAGCGUGGGCACCGGAGAUGAAGGGUGUGGCAGCUGCAUGA